CUCUGUCCCGCAAGCGUAUGCUAGUAGUAACAUCAGAGAUUAACUUAAACUAAAACAGAAAAGCAAAAUCUGAAGCUGAAACCUAAGCUGUCUGUGGCUAGGGUACAUUAUUUUUUUCCACUGAAGCGCGCAUUCACUCCGACAUCAUCCUUCCACACGGACUCGCACUCUCUCGCACUCAAAAUCAUUCACGUACAUGCAGCAUUGGCACACACACACACACACACACACACACAUACACUUGCAUGGACUAUUUUAAAAACUGUUUGGAUUCGGAGCAUUUGUUUCCACUGAAUCGUACACGUCUGCCCGCGGCAGGAGAACGGCAAAGGCUCGUCGACCGACCACAUAGACUCUGUGCAGUCCACCUUGAAAAGAAGGGUCGGCGGUCCUCGGGCUAUUCGGGGUGUCUCAGCUUCUCAGGGUAAACCCUCUUUGGGGAAAUCCCUUCGCCUAUUUUUUUUUUUUGAGCGCCUCCGUCACUGGUCUGUGGGUGUUUUUAUUUUCUUGAGAUCGAGGACCGGGGACGGAUGUGUUCUUUGGGUUAAAGACAGAACCGGGAGGCUCGCUCCAGGAAGUGGCUGCAAGAAGACUUUUGGAAAGGAGUCCCAACAGCAUGGUGCAGAGCAGAGGGUGGCGCUUUCACAGAAACACCAAGCCCAAACUGAGCAUCGAAUCUAUCUCCCGAGAGCAGCCCCAGGAGAUUUCUCACCCUUGCCGCUGCGACCAGAGUCAGGAAAUGUCCGAUUAACUGGGGAUUUAAACAGACAGCAACACGAUGAGCUACAAGGUUGGACGAGUUCUUCCAGCGCGCAGAAGGAGCGCUUGUCUCCGGCCCUGGGUGCAAGGAAGCCGGGUUGGGAGGCGGCCAGCAAGCGACAGGUGCAAGCAAGUGAGUGAAGACAUUCAUCUGACUGCUCGAAGAGGUCUGGCUGAUUCACCCUCAAAACCCUUGAGGAGAUGGAAGGCUACUUCCUGGACCCUGGCCAUCAUUCUGUCCAUGGUUGUUAGUACAAUCGCUUCUUCCCAAGAGGAGAACAGGCUUCCAGAAUAUCAUCCGCGCUCCAGAAAGAUACUAGUCCAGGACAAGAGUAGCACUUCAAUGGAGAGCCAAGCAACGCCCAAGAGUAAGACUGAAGAGAGAAGGGAAUUGCCAACACAAUCAGUCUGGGCUGCUGAUUACAAUGCGACUUCAACCACAGUCAGAGCUGGAGGACACGUCGAGGAUCUGCAAAACCGACAUCAACGUUCGCCGGGGAGUUCACACCAAGGCAAGAUAUCCUCGCGCAGAAACAGAGGGAGAGAGUCCAGCAGAGUGAACAGAGGAUGUCAGAUUAACAGCCAGACAGUCAAAGUUGGAAACCUGGGGCUUGGGUACGAAUCAGAAGAGAUUGUACUCUUCAAGUACUGCAGUGGAAGCUGCGCACGCUCACGGACAAACUACGACCUCACACUGUCCCAUAUGCUCAAAAGUAAAGAGAUCCGUUUAAAUAAAAGCGAGAAACCACCCCGCAGCCCAUGCUGUCGACCGACCAAGUAUGACGAUGUAACCUUUCUGGAUGUGAAAAACCAGUGGCACACACUCACGAACUUUUCUGCAGUUGCAUGCAAGUGUUUAGGAUGAUGGAUAAUAUCGAAAAGGAAUACAGUAGUUUUUUGAGGUAAAGGAACAAUGUGCCAGAAAAGGCACCAGGGCUGAACAACACUACCUGGACAAUAACAAGACGGUGUCUAUAUUUGGGCAUUAAGAGGGAUGGGGAUAGGUGUGGGAUCUGCACUUCACUUUGAAUGAAACAACAGGAUCAAUUUGAUUUGAAUCAAAUGUACCAAAAAAAAACACUUAGCUCUGUCUCGUGCCACUAUUUCUGAAGCUGCUUAAUCAUCCAGAAGUAAUCUGAUAUUGAAUUCAUUUUUCAAGCAGAAAUUUGGGGGCUUUCAGCAGUUUGGGAGUACGUGACACAGUUCCGAUGAAAACGUUGCCAAAAGUUCUCCUCAAUAGGAUGACAGGAAUGGACCCUUGAUUAUUUUUGUUGUUGCAAGGAAUGUGAAAUAUGGUAAUUGUCUGGAGUUAAAUCAACGUAAGCAUUUUUUUGUUGGUCGAAGGACAUGCAACAUUUCAAAACCAAACAUAUCAAUGUUGAGCUUUCCAAAGGGAUUAUGCAAAGGCGCAUUAAUGACUUGUGGAAGUUGUAAAGUGUUUCUCAAGAAGCAAAACAGAAUUAUCCUCAAGGAAAGGAUAUUUUUAUAACAAAUAUCUUAUAGUCAAAAACGCUCAUAAAGUAAUCCCGAAGGUGGAGCUGGGGAAAUGGCACAACUUUACCUGCAAUGUACAAAAUGACUUUAGCAAAAUGAACGCCCAACACUUUGCUUAAUGGAAAGCAUCAAGUGUUGUAAAAGGCAAAAGCACAGUUACCUUGAUAAAUUUGAGCUAACUUCUAAAGGAAGACUCUGUGGAAUUCUCAAGGUUCUUACUGAGGAAAUCGUGUGAAAUUGUAAAAUAAAGCAUAGGGAAUUUAUAGAAAGGACUAAAGAAAUGGUACUAUUUCAAAGGAACAGAAAAUGUUCCUGAACACUGAUUUCAUCACCGCAUCCCCCAACACUGUACUUUUAUUGUGCAUCUUGGAUUCAGCUCCAGUGUACUCAUCUGUAGCCAGUAAUACUCCUGUUAACAAGAGUAGAUAUGCAUAUGUACAUCCAUAUAUAUUUAGACGACAUACAAAACUUACCAAAGCUCCCUGGAUAUUGGUUUAUUUAGUUUCUUUGUCCUCUCCAAGUGGCUGGAGAGCUGCUACUUUCCCAAAAAGAAUGUCCAAAGACCAGAGUGUGCUGGGAUUGUCCUCUGUCAAACCAUUAGGUCAUAAUUCAUCCAGGCUCAUUUUAUUCAGGGACCAUAUAGUGGGAUGAAUGUGAUGUGGAACUCCGCACUGUUUGCAUCUCAUGCAUUGUUUGGCUGGAGAGAUGCAACUUAAUGCAAUAGUACAUUAAUAAUCAUUCCACUGGCAUGAUAUUAACCACAUUGCUGCUUUUCAAUACAAUGCUAGUUCAAAAAAAGGCAAUGGUAAAUCAAUUACAAGGUGUGCAAUACACAACUGAAUCAAAAAUGGUCAACUCUCAUUUCCAAACAAAAUAUUUUUUUACCAGGACUAUUUCACUUUCAACAUGUUAUUUUGUGCUCAUGAGUACACUCCAAUUAUGUCGAGAAAAUAGUACUGAUAUGGAUUGCUUCAUCAAAUGAACAGAUAGGAAAAGAUAUAAGAUAAUAUUGUUAUCAGAUGUUAUUAUACUGAUUAGUGUUUUGGGGAUUGCAGUGGACCUAAAUCUGACGUGGUAUGUCUGAAUUUUCAAUUAAUGAUAAUUCUAACAACAGUUCCUAAUGAUAAAUUUCAAAUUUACUUUCAAGUCUGUUUAGCCUGAAAUGUAAAAGGCAGAGGAUUCAUUUACUUAACCAUAUAACCAUAUAACAAUUACAGCACGGAAACAGGCCAUCUCGGCCCUACAAGUCCGUGCCGAACAACUUUUUUCCCUUAGUCCCACCUGCCUGCACUCAUACCAUAACCCUCCAUUCCCUUUUCAUCCAUAUGCCUAUCCAAUUUAUUUUUAAAUGAUACCAACGAACCUGCCUCCACCACUUCCACUGGAAGCUCAUUCCACACCGCUACCACUCUCUGAGUAAAGAAGUUCCCCCUCAUGUUACCCCUAAACUUCUGUCCCUUAAUUCUGAAGUCAUGUCCUCUUGUUUGAAUCUUCCCUAUUCUCAAAGGGAAAAGCUGAUCCACAUCAACUCUGUCUAUCCCUCUCAUCAUUUUAAAGACCUCUAUCAAGUCCCCCCUUAACCUUCUGCGCCCCAGAGAAACUUAAGGGGUUUAAGCUAUGUUAUUAAUUAUUAAUGCUUAUCAUCUGGUUAAGAAGG